AUGACUACAGCCCACCGACCUACGUUUGAUCCGGCGCAAGGAAAAGAAGCCCUUCGUGGCCCAGCCUAUCACCAGCGACUUCUACCAGCACACAAACAUCUGAAAGUUCGCCAACCUGGACAAGGCGGCGACGCCGAUGCCGACCCAUCGCCCCGUGAUCUUCGCGCAGAGCUUCUCCGAGCUGAGGCAGCACACUUUGCUAAGAAGAAUGGCGUUCCAGUCGAUCAGCCAGCCAUUGCUGAAUCAGUCCCCAAGAGACAGCUCGAAGCUGCGCCCCAAGAUGAAGCCGGCGGCGAGGCCCAGGAAGAAGACCCAGAAGCCAAACGCCGACGCAUAUUGGAGGAGACGCGUGACAUAGAUGCAGAUUCGGAGGAAUCAGAAGAAGACAGUAGCGAUGAGGAUAGGAGCCUUGCGGUGAACGUACUAACAAGCGGCAGUGAUGACGAAGACGAAGCAGCCGAACUAAUGCGAGAGCUCGAAAAGAUCAAAAAAGAACGGUUGGAGCAAAAGGAGAAAGAGGAACGCGAACGAGCAGCGGAGGAAGAAGAGCAGCGAGAGGUUGAAAUCGCACGCGGUAACCCUCUGCUCAACUCCCAGGAUUUCAACAUGAAACGACGAUGGGACGAUGAUGUUGUAUUCAAGAACCAGGCUCGUGGAACGGAGAACAGAGAUGGCAAAGAAUUCGUCAACGAUCUUCUUCGUUCUGAUUUCCACAAGCGCUUCAUGGGUAAAUACGUUCGCUAG